CGACAUUAAGAAGAAGUUGUAGCAUGCGAGAAACGGUGACGUGCUGCCCGCAAUGUAUACUAGUUCGACCUAUUUCGAUCCUGCGAACCCAAAUUACAUUAGCCUUGCCAUCCCGAUUCACACGCGGCGCCUAGAGUGGCGCCGGCCGCCGCGCAAGCGCGUGCGUUGGGGGGCCUACCCGGCAGGCGCCCCGCGUCGCCUCGCACGCGAUCUGUACUCACGAGAGUGUCCCUUAUCCUCCAUCCAGGGGCUACAAGACGCGCCUGGAGCUGGACAACAUGGCGCCCGGGGACAGCUUCCACUUCCGGGUGCAGCGGGGCCGAGGGCAGUGGAGCACCACGCUGGCGGCCACCACCAAAGAUGACCAGGCUCCGAUGGUGGCCCUGCACCGGGCCAUAAGCCAGGGGCUGCCGCACCGAGCGCGCAAGUUCCUGUCCCAGAGGCCACUCGCGGUGGACGUGCCGGACCGCGCGGGCCGCACGGCGCUGCUGCUCGCGGUGCUGCGCGGCGACGUGGAGCUGGUCUACCUGCUGCUGAACGCCGGCGCCGACCCCAACCACGCCGCCGAGGGCGCCGCCAACCGCACGCCCCUCAUGCUGGCCGCGCACCGCGGGGCGGCCACGCUCUGCAGGGCGCUACGCGACCGCGGCGCGCGCUGGGACGUCCCCGACAGGAACGGCUGCACCGCGCUGCACUACGCCGUGGCCGGCGACGGGGUGGCGGGACUGCGGUCGGCCGCGGCGGCGCCCGCCUCCAGCGGCGGCACGGAGGAGGUCGUGAGGAUGGCCCUGGAGGACGGCGCCGAUGUCCACGUCCCAGACUCCUACGGCUGGACCCCUCUCAUGCGAGCCGUCAUGCUAGGGGCCCGCACCAAUAUCCUGGCGCUACUGCUCGAGGCCGGCGCCGACGUUCGACAGCUGGACAAGCAGGGCCACUCCGCGGCCCACCUAGCCGCCCUUGGGGGCCGGCAGGACGUGGCUGCGGUGUUGGCGCGUAGCGGGGCAGACCUCAGAACCAAAUCGCGUCACGGCCACUCGGCCCGCGAGUUGGGGCGAUGCUGGCCUCUCAGCCUUGCAGAUGGGGCCAAUAAAGGAGGAAUUGAAGCGGCUCUGGCAGUGGCGGCAGCCGCAUCAGCCAUGCUCAAGAAAAGAGCAGCACGGAGAAAGCAAGAUGAACUUGAUGACCAAAUUUAGGUUGAAACAUGCUCAUUUUUUACUAUUAGUUUUUAGGAUUUUUGGGGAAUACAAUACAACAUCACUUUGGGA